AUGAGUGAGAGAAGUGAGGGGAAACCGCGCGCGUCCCGCAACCGCUCGUCUACAAUAGUCCAUGCAGGCACAGCGGCAUGGACCAACGACAACGGUCAACCUCUUGCCGAGCUGUCAGCCAGUGGCCACCCGUUAAGUCACAGCGAGAGACGACAUCGCAAACAUACAGUUUCUGGAAAGGACCAUGGUCAUUCGCAGAUUCACCAGCACCUUUAUGCGCAAGGACACGGUCAUGAGCCAGCCGGCUCCAAGACUCCCAUCCCCGAUAGCCACCUGCAGAUGACUCCCGGGCACAAGCGCACGUCUUCCCUCCCCACUCCAGACGACAUCCACGCUACCAUUACCCAGACUCUCUCGCCACCAUUACAGUCGCCAUCUGGGUCAACACACCAACGUUUCAAUCCCUUCUCCAACCCCGACAGUGUCUUUCUCUCGCUCUACACCUACAGCCCCUCAACAAGCUCCCUUCCACCACCACAGUCAGCAGCGUCUUCCCUUCUGCCCGCUCCCGCGGCAAACUUAUCAUACUCGCGUGUUCUACUCUCGUACGCAAGUCUGCCAUGGGACGUGAAACCUGGCGAUUAUCUCGAAAUCCGUCGAGUCGAAAGCACAUGUCCUCCAACAGGUCGUUCCAUUCCUCCGCCGGUGGCCAAGGCAAACGAGGGCGACGCUCUCGAAGGUGUCAAGCCAAACCGAGGAAGAGAUGGAUACAUCUUUCGCCUAGGCGAGGACCACCCCUCCGUACCCAUGAACCAGAUCCAGGUGCCCAACUCGGUGGCCCAGUCGUUCAAGCUUCAACACCGCCAGGACGUUGAGAUCAUCCGCAUUCACGAGCCUGAGACUGCCAACGUCGACUUUAUCGAACUACACUUUUCGCAGUAUGUCGGUCGUGCAGACAUGUGGCGUCUUGGCAUGUCGCUCGAGAACACGACAGUACACGUUGGCGAAAAGGUCAUUUUAGCAGGGGGCGCCGUGCGAGCAGACGUGCAAGCCAUCUGGCGAGGACGAAAUCGAUACGCCAGCGGCAUUGUCACGAGCAAGUCCAAGACCAUCUUCCGGUCCAAGUCGACACAAGCGUACGUCUUCAUUCAACUGUGCCAAGAAACAUGGGAGUUUGACGAGGACGGAGAGCGAUACUACGAAAAGGUCCUACAUGGCUUCCUUCCGGACCUCUUUGGUCGUUGGACUCGAAUCGGCGCGUCACAUCUGGUCACCAUUGUUCUCUUCGGCCGCGUCUACUAUGACGACCAGGACAUUGCGUACAUGGAGAAGCACGACCUCCACAACGGCCUCAUGAAGGACUACCGCGGACGGUGGUGCAAAGACUUUUUCCGCGUCGUGGUGGACUUUGAGCGCAAGGCGGACUGGAUGACGUCGUUGGGCGAUAUCAAAAAGCGCCUGGAACGAAGCGAACGCGAAGUUCUUCUCGACUUUCACCUUGCUGAACUCAAGGCCAAGGGAAUGCAUCCGGAAUCCGAAGGCGACAUCAACAUCCUCGGAAAAUGGAGCUUUGCCUACGAAGGCAAUGUUCUCGAAGCAAUCAACCUGGCCCUCAACCCCUUUGACGAGCACUAUGUCGACCGUGACUUGUCGCGUACCGGUCUGUCGCUUACCAUCUUGACUCCCGGAACGGGUCACUUUGCUGUGGACAAGAACCUGCUUCGUCUCACCACCGAACGCAUGAUCGAUCACGGCAUCGGACUCGACCUGGUGUGUCUCACCAAGAUGCCUCUCCACAGCGUACCAUUGUUCAGCUAUGUCUCGUCCCGACCAAAGCGACUUGUCGAAUCGUCUGCUGUCGGAGCAAAGACACGUCCAUCUACUCCCGAUCCACUAUACUUUGACGCCAAUAUGAGGAGCGGCGAAGAUCGCGAGCUCAUUGACUGUUAUUCUCUUGCCUUUUGGGUGUACUGCUCGUUCUACUCCAAGACACACGAUAAGCCAUUCCGUGAAGACCGUUUCGUCCCACGCUGCAAGAUGUACCAAAUCCAAAUGCUCGGCAUUCUCGACCACAACCUCACGACGGUUAGCGUGCCCUUCCUGGAGCCCGAGGACUAUGACGGCCCCCGGCGUCACGUCUCUACUGAUGAGCGCAAGGCACACCACGACGAGUAUGACCUCAACACCUUUGGUGGAACUGCACAACUUCCCACCAUCAAAGAUGUGGAGCCUGGAUCUCCACAUACAUCUCAUCGCAGUGGGAUUGAUAGUUCACUUGGCACGAGCUACCAAUCGAUGAGGCUACUGGCUCAGAAGAUGGAAGAGGAAAAGCGCCCACGGGGCUUGGCGCCGACAUCCCCGCGACCGAUCCCUUCGCGCUCGUCAUUGAGGUCUCACGCGUCCAUCCCAGAGGAAGAAUCAAUGUCCAACCCCUCCAACCCUUCGCUCCCGGAGACCGCAGUGUUGGGUUCCGGUUCAGGUGGAAUGCCAGACAUUCCUCUUGUACGGGAACCGUCGACAAAGCCCCCGCCCUUGUCGCAGGAGCAUCGUUCUCCUGGUAGUGUGGGAACCCCGCAGAGUCGAAUUGCGAGCCUCACGUCCAUCAACACCUCUCCCUCCCAAUCUGUCAUGUCUGGUGGCGAACUCCAGUCUGGAGCUUCAACGCCCAAGCUCAACUCUGCCAAACGUCUCAAGACCCAGUCCAGCAAGGGCUCCUUCUUUGGUGCCAGGUUCAGUAGCAGCUGGAUCUUUGGUGGGGCACGUUCUCAACCAAGUCAUCCAACAGCCGCAACCGAGACUGUUGUCCGUCAGGACGUGUCCACUGGCUCUGGUGCCAACAGCAAACCUGCUUCGCCGAUGGUCAAGACGUCGAGUCUGGGCAUUGAUUCUCCGUCCUUGUCCCUCCCGGUCCCUGUUCCUGGAUCCUUCCUAGCCGCCCCCUCAUCCCCGACCAAACCAAAACCAGUUCCUAAGCGGCCAACUCAGCCCAUGCCCAUCAUGUCUGCAGCAGGCCGCCCUCUCGACGAUGAGGCGCCACUGGCACGGUCCCUGCCGCGUUCAAUGCCUCGCUCGAUCCCACGCUCGCUGCACAACUCGCUGCGGCCGAAAUCUAUGGACGACUCUUGGAGAAACAAGGCAAGCGCCGCGUUUGGACGGACCACGCAGCACACGACAGUGAACCCCUGCAACCCGAAGGAGUCGCUCGUGGACGCAGCAGGCGAAGGAGGACACCAGCGACGCUGGCAGCAUGUCCGUCCGCGUCUGAGAGAGGGCAAAGAGCAUGCUGUCAAAUGGCGCAGUCUGUGUGCACCGGCCUGUUUGCCUCUCACCACAGACUUUAUGCCGACCGCCGAGGAACUCAACACAUUCUACGAGUCUCACAGCUACGACAUUGCGUGCUUCCCGGAUCAAGUAUCUUUCCUGAUCCGUCCAGACGCCGCCAACCUCAACCUUCCUCUGGCCGUUAUGCGCGAGAUGGCGAGUCAGCGACUGUCGCAGAACUUUCAGUUCAUUGUUCUUCCUCACAACACGGUGCAAAAGGAUGUGGAUGAGACGUUGCCGCCCUCUGUCGCUCAGAAGACGUUCCUCGUCGCCGACACGACUACAUCAGGCCUGCGCGUCGGCGGUGCAAGCGAGGUCCUCAAGGAUGCGAGUGGCGCCAUCUACCUCUCAUGGUCAAACCACGUGCACAAGCUCACGUUUGACCCGCAGAAGCAGAGUGUGACCGUUCAGCGAUUUGUACGCAAAAUCAAGCACUCGACACAAGCACAGCCUUACAAGUGCCUCGUGUGGCCGUACCAGCUGAAUGGCUUCCAAGAGGCGACCGCCAUGUUCAAGUACCCCAACAUUGACGCCAAGCUCAACUUCAACUAUCUCGAUCGCCUGAUUGCUGGCGAGGAGGAGAACCUCCAAUCCAACCUGCGCUUCUGGCGAACCCGGUACCUCCUCUUACCAUCUGGUCGCGACCCAACAUCCCUGGCUGGUAUCAUGCCCCGCAGCGCACAUGGCGAGCAGUACAGCGCCAGCGAGGUUCUCAUGACUGGUGCUCAGCGGGUGCUGGAGCUCAUGUGCAAGAACCAGUGGAAAAGGCCGGGAGGCGCGCAGCGGUCUCUUAUCCUUCUCCCAACAACGUUCGACCCCUCAGCUUGUGUCCUGGAUGAGGGUCUCAUGACCGAGCUUGAGCGCCUCACAAGCGGCAAGGAGAAGAUUGAGCGUGGCCAUACCCUCGAAGGUCUCACUCUGCAGCAAGUUGCAGAGCUGAUGAACCGACCAAACAACGGCCUCAUCAUUCGUGACCGCUGGUGGAACUUCAACAUCCACGAGGACUCGUUUACAGGAGAACAAUUCUGCGAGUGGCUCAAGACUACUUUCACCGACGUGGCGACCCAGGAGCAGGCGAUUGAGUGGGCCCAGAGCCUGUUGGACAAGGGUGUCAUUGAACACGUGACCAAGUCGCACACCUUCCACGACAACCUCUUCUUCUACCGCCUGGCUCCAAACUAUGACGAGUCGGUCAAGAAGGCUGGUGGUGCCCGUGCAAAGUCUGGGAGCUGGUUCGGCAAGUCGACUGGCCCGACUCCCCAGAUUGUCAUGGAGCAAUCACUGAGCACAUCUCCCAAUGUUCGUCAUGUUCCGCUCAAGCUCACCGAUAAGCCGCCCAAGAAACGCAAGGUCAAGAUGAGCCAGAGCGUCGUUAUUGACCUCGACCCUGGCCGCAAGAGUGACCGUGCCGAGGUGGCUAUUCUUCACGCCGACAUUGUGCACAACACCAAGAAUGCGUUCCACUUUGAGCUCAACUGGCUAGGUGUAACAGCGGGUCUGUUGGACGAGCUUCGCAACAAGUGCUCGACCCUCGCUGAGCGUUACGGCCUCCGCUUUGUCGAGGCGCCGGUCGAGCAGAUCAAAGAUGUCGGUCUCAAGUGCGCCUACCGCGCUCCCAUCCCGAUUAAACUCGCUGUUGCUCCACCAAUCAUCCCCGACCUUCAUCUUCGUCUCACCGAAACGAGCGGCGCUGGACAGUGUGCUCAGUUCUUUGAGUACGCCAUCCUCAUGCAGAAAUUCGGCUUUGUGCUGGAUGUCGAGGCGAGCGAGCGGUACCCCGAGUCGAUGGAGGUCGAAUACGCGUACCGCCAAAAGACCAAGUUUGAAUAUUCCCAGUUUAUUCAUCGCUCGGGUCUCGCGAUGGUGCAGUGCGUUGGACGUGACGAGGGUUUCGGCUUCCUGUGGUGCGACAACCGGCCAUUCAUUAGCGCGCCUACCCGUGGUCGCGGCCAAACUGUCGAGAGCCACCCGGGUGCGCUCACACCCAUGACCAACAGGCAGGAGCAGGCUCGACAGCUCCGCGAGGAGAUGGAGGCGUUCUGCUCUGAUCCCUUCGCCCUCCGGAAGUUUUACGAGGACGUGACGCCGCGGCCCAACUACUCGAACGUCAGGCUAUUAGGGGACGAUUCGUGGGCAGGCGCAGACCAGGAUGGUUAUGAGUAG